AUGGGAUCCGCAGUGCUCGCCUCUUCCCCGGAAAGAGACCCCCGGUGCUUUCAACUACCCUUUACUCGCCUUCGAACUGUUAGAGCCAAGAUGCACGUGUCGGACGAUCUUCAGACGCUUUGCUCGCGAGUUCACGCCAUUGUUCGGCGGCGAAAGGAGAAGAGGACGAUGCAGAUUUCUGAACCGUUCAACUUUGAAAAGAACCCCGUCCAUCUGCCGGGUCUGUCCGAGGAGCAACUCGUCAUGCUCCGUGAAAAAGAGGCCGCCAGCCGCAUCGGCAUCGCAGACCCAUGCACUCCUCCUCGAGCCCCUCGCUCUCCCGUCUCGACGUCGAGCCUCUUUUCCCAUCCGGUCCGACCUCCCAUCAAGUCGGUCCUCACGUCCAACUCUGUCUCGUCGACCGAGAGCCUGCAGUGA